UGUAAUAAUAAAGUAAUUCUUAAAGUAUAAUAAUAAAGUAAUUCUUAAAGUAUAAUAAUAAAGUUAUAAAUACAAUAAUAAAAGUUAAAAAGAAGGAACAAGUUGAUAUUUUGAAAAUUUGUAUGUUGAGUAUAUGAUUACACAAAUCUAAUAGUAAUAAUCUAAAAAUAAUAAUCUAAAAAAUAAAUAGAGGAACAAUUGGACUUAUUGUUAUGUGAAAGAUAUAUUCAAAUUAACAAUAAAUUAUUUCGUACAGAAAAAUGGAAGAAAAUACAUGGCUCAAAAUUCUGUGCCAAAUAUUUAAAUUUUGAACAAAAUAUUCGUAAUAUUGCAAAUAAGAUAAUCUUUUGUCAAUUCACGUAAAUUUGAUUUCAACUUUCAAAAUUAAAUGUGAUCGAGCAAAGCAUGAAACAUAACCAAAAAGAAAGUGUUUGAUUUGUUUCUACGAAGAGAAAAGAAUAGAGGAUAGUUUUUAUAUUACACGGUUUACAUGUAGCUACCUGUACAUCAAGUGAAAUGAAUAUUCUGAUAUAUGUUUCAAUUAUUCGCAAGGGAUGGCUGAAAAGGAGGCAAAGAUUGAAUACGUGACAGAACCUUGCCCUAUUAAACCUCGUAAAAUAGGGCCACAGAACAUAGUAUUACGAUUGAAACGUCGUGAGACAUUUGGUUGCCCUUAUCCAGGAACACACGUACACUGUGCCAGACAAUUUUAUCAAAAUGUAUUUCCAAAUUUCACUGUUAUGAAUGUGGAGAAACCUCCGUGUUUUCUUAGAAAAUUUAGUCCGGAUGGUCGUUACUUAAUAGCAUUUAGUGCAGAUCAAACUUCUAUAGAAGUUUACGAAUAUCGUGGUGCAUCUGCAGCUGCUGAUUUAUUAGCAGGCUGUGGAGGCGAAUAUAUUGGCCAUAAAAAUGACGAAUGUAGUUUCAACAUUAGAAGAAACAUUUUUAGUCGAUUUUUUAAGGCUAAAUGGAUUGUUAAUGUUGUUCAAAGUAAUGAACAGUUGAACAGAGAAUGCAGUUUAUUUACAGAUGAUGGCCGUUAUGUAAUUGUUGGUUCAGCUGCACAUAUUCCAGAUGAACUAAGACCACAUUUUUAUCAGAUUUAUUCUAACAAUGAAGCACUAACUCCAAAUCCUAGAUCACCACUUGAAGAUUAUAGCUUACAUCUUGUCGAUUUACAUGGAGGGAAAUUAUGUGAUACUAGGCAUUUUAAAGUAGAUAAAAUAUAUUUGUCCCACAAUCAAGAUUGUUUAACAAAUGGUUUUAUUUAUGUAGGCCUCUAUCUCUAUAAAGAUAUAUUGGCAGUUCUGUCUGUACAACAUCAAACUAUUCAUAUAUUUCAAAUUCUUGAUGGAAUGUUUAUUAAUGUUAGAACCAUAGGAAGGUUUUGUUUAGAGGAUGAUGCAUAUUUGGUUAGAAGUGCAUGCCCAGGAGUAAACUGUCGGCCAUUUAGAGAUGUCACAAUAAAUUGUCUUAAGCAUAAAUUAUUAGUCUACUUAUAUAAAAGAGCAGCAUAUAUUAGUGAUACAACAAAGGAUCCAUAUGAAUUAAGACGUUUUUAUCAAUAUUUUGAUCAAUUAAAUGCAUUACGAAUGUGGAAAAUGCAGUUAUUAGAUACAAAUCAUAUUCUUGUAAGAUUUGCAAGUGAAGAAGUGGCGACACUUCAAGCGAAUGAACCUAAUGUACAACCUGCACUUUUGGUAGUUUAUGAUAUGGUUACUGCUAAAAUAUUAGCUGCAUAUGAUAAUACAUCCACACAAUUAUUAACACAAUUUGAAAACUUCAGCGAUUUCUUUAGAAAUGCUAGAAUGAGCGGUGACUGUCAAUAUAUGUGUUCUCCAUCUAAUAACAUAUAUGCAAGAUUGUUACAACAGAGGUUUAAGCAAACAAUAAUAAGUGCCAGGUAUGGUGGUGUUACAGAAGCUACAAAAAGAUUACUUGCUCAAUUGCCAAUAUGCGCUCAAUCUUAUUCAAGUUCUCCAUAUCUAGAUUUAUCCUUAUUUUGUUAUGAUGAUAAAUGGGUAUCUAUGAUGGAGCGCCCCAAAGCUUGUGGCGAGCAUCCUAUACGGUUUUACGCUCGUGAUUCCGGUCUUUUAAAAUUUCGAAUGUAUGCGGGAAUGUUAGGUCGUACAACACCUACAUCUGCGAGACGACUAGUUGCAUUUACCUUUCAUCCAACAGAUCCGUUUGCUAUUUCUGUUCAACGAACGAAUGCUGAAUAUAUCGUUAGUUUCCAUGUUAGGCAUGUUUAAUUUUUCAAUUCAGUUUUUCAACGUAUUUUAACAUUUACAUUAUCAUUUCUCCCAUGAAUACGAUCUCAUUGUACAGUUUAGAUAAUAAUUGAUAACGUUUUCGAAUAAAAAAUUAUUCAAAAAGUUGAUAUAAAUGUAAAUAAUUUUAUUAAGAACUCACAAUUAAUCAGAGUUUGUAAUUCAUUUAUACUUUCCUAUUCUUCAUUAACAUUAGAAUUGCGUAUAACUUUUUAACGUGUAUCUUUAUACGUACUGUUUAUAUAUAUACUGUUUAUAUAUAUUCUUAUUUAUUCUCUUAUACUGUACAUAUCUCUGUAUUAUAUUGAUGUUUAUUGCAA